UCAGCACAGCAUUGGAAUGUACUAUUUUGCUGGAGAGUAUGUUAAGCAACUUCAAAGAAAACAACCUGAGCUGAAUAUUACUGAGUCUGAUGUUUUGUGUGUACAAAUUGCUGCUCUUUGCUUUAACCUGGGUGUUGGUCCUUUCUCUCACAUUUUUGGUUUGUUCCUGAAGGAAAUAUGUCAAAAACAGCACACUGAAAAGCCUUGGGAUAAUUUUUCUGAAGCAUCUGUCAAUAUGUUUCAAUACAUGCUGGAAGAUAAUGAAGACUUAAUGGAUUCUUUUAGAAGAUAUUUCAAUAACCCUCGAGAAGAUAUUACCUUCAUCACAGAACUUAUGAGAGAAGAAAGGAAAUGUAUCCAAGACAAAGAAUUUCUGUAUGAGAUCAUAUUAAAUGAAAGUCAAAUGAAUGUCAAAGUAAUUGAUUACACAACAAGAGAUGCUGCAGUAUUGGGGGCAAAAAUCAAUUUCAAAUGGAGAGUAUUCCUUGCCAAAGUUUAUGUUUUGAGGUGUGAUGAUGGUAAAUUACACAUCUGCUUCCAUGAAGAUGAUUUGGAGACAUACAAUGAUUUCUUCAGCACUCAUAGUCGCCUUUACAGGGAUUUAUAUUAUGUUCGCAAAAUAAGAAUUGUUGCUUUAAUGAUCAAAGUAAUGUUAACAAGAGCAGAUAAUACUGAAUUGAUUCAAGACACUAAUAGUAAGGUGACUAUAUCUGAUGCUGCUAGAAGUAUGGUUGCUUAUACACAACUCACUGACAGUGUUCUUACUCUCAUCAGGCAAUCUGUUAAAGAUCCUCUUGUGCAAGUACUGCUGGAUUGUUUGGACGAAUCUAAAUUUAUUGCAGAAAUUGGUUAUAUUAUACCACCAGAAGAUUGGAAUAAGAAUCCAGAUGACUUGAAAGAAGCUAUUGUAAAAGCAACUGGUAUUGAUGAAAUUGAAUGUAAUCUCAUUAUUGAUCUGGUAUUAAAUGGAUAUGAAGGAAAUGAAACUUGGACACAAUAUUAUUAUCGUGAUGAUGACUCAACAGGAAAAUGGACUGAUAGAUGGGCACAAGAAAGAUAUCAUGCCAAUCUCCCAUGGCGUGUUUUCUUUGUCAGUGGUGAUAGAGGAUUAAUAAAGACAGUUCAAGAAGGAUUAAAAAAAGCAAUUAAUGAUCUAAGGAUUGAAACUUGGAAACUUUAUCCGCCCCGAGAAAAUUAUGAUUUGAUGCCUGAUAUCUCAUGAUAUAAAAAUGAUUCGAUGGAAUGUGUGAAAUGAAUUUUUAAAAGCUAAAAAUUAAAUAAUAAUUCUCAGUUCUUAGUGUAGAACAUUUAAUGCAUAAUGCUGCUUAUUAAUAUAGUGUGUUAUAGUAACAUAGUGAACAUAUCUUUUGAUUUCA